AAAUGGGCCGAAAGUUAUAUGCAACAUGGAUCGCUGGGGUUAAUAUAGUCAGGAAAAAAGGUCGAGACCUAGGGUUUAAGCGCCGCUCGAUAUUACCAGAAGGGCUAUAAGCUUAUCAUUCGAGCUUCUCUUGAGUUCUGACGCAGUAGGCGGCGGUUCGAAGGAGCAAGAGAAGAUGCCGAAGCAAAUUCACGAUAUCAAGGACUUCCUGCUUACUGCCAGAAGGAAGGAUGCACGAUCGGUCAGGAUCAAAAAGGGGAAAGAUGUGGUGAAGUUCAAGGUUCGGUGUUCCAAGUACCUUUACACCCUAUGUGUGUUUGAUUUGGAGAAAGCUGACAAGUUGAAGAAAUCUCUCCCUCCAGGUUUGAGUGUGCAAGAUCUGUGAAGGAGCUCCACUCUCUCGGAACAUCUGAAAGACUGUUAUCUGGUUUCAUUACUUUGUUUUUGUGGACUUCCCAUCAACUACUAUUUGAUAUUUUGCUACAUUUAGCGUUUGGUGUUUGUUUGUCUAGUCUUUUUAUACUUUUGGGCGUAUUAGGGACUUGUAAUGGGUGAAAGCUAGGUAACCAUAUGCUCUUUUCAAGAUUAAUCGUUUGGCACACUUGUGAUGGCCUUACUAGCGAUUACCAGUCUUUGUCAGUCUUAUGCAUGGGUCUGCUAAUCCUUGAUCCCCAUCAGAGGCUUGAAAGUUGGCCUAUGGGAAAGUAUGGGAAUCCAACCAGGAUUCUCUUUUCCAAAAAGUUCUUAUGACACUUGAGCAGUUGAGCUAUGCCUUUGCU